UGUGUUAGUGACUGAAGGAGAUGCAAAUAGAAGACAAUAUGAUGUGUCUGUUUUCGUGCGCUGUGUUUGUUUCUUCGAAAUAGAGACUCAGUUUACCUAUGUAACCAUAAUAUUGUAACCAAAUCCGACAUAGUGUUUUUUACGUGGAAGCAAUUCCUGCGAGUGUUAGCGAUAUUAUGGUUGUGAUACCCAAUGGUGGUUAUAUGUGUGUAAUUUGUUGCUUCGUUUCGCUCAGGAUGUGUUCAGAAAAUUUAUGUUAAAAGUGAGAAAUGGAAGUUUUUGUAAACAUCAAUUAUCGCAGGUCGUGAGAGUUGUGUACUGAAUUGGGACCAUAGAACCUGUGACUGUGUUCUGCUUUCAGUCCAGCAUGGCUUCAACACAAGGAGAAAUAAGGGUGGGACCGUCACAUCAGGCCCGAUUACCUGAGUAUCGGCCAGCGUUGCUGUCAACUUCUGAUAUUGCAGAGCAGUCUUCAGAUCCUGAAUGGGAAAAAGAACGUGAAGAUUUGCGUUGGGUGCCUUGCAUGACACUUGAUACAGAUUUGCUUAUGUAUUUGAGGGCAGCGAGAUCAAUGGCUGCAUUUGCUGGCAUGUGUGAUGGUGGCUCACCAGAUGAUGGCUGUGUUGCUGCAAGCAGAGAUGACACCACAAUAAAUGCUUUGGAUGUGCUGCACGAUUCGGGCUACGACCCAGGAAAAGCACUGCAAGCAUUGGUAAAAUGUCCUGUUCCUAAGGGCAUUGAUAAGAAAUGGUCAGAAGAAGAAACUAAAAGAUUUGUAAAAGGGCUACGCCAGUUUGGAAAAAAUUUCUUCAGGAUCCGGAAGGAUCUUCUACCUCACAAGGACACUCCUGAACUGGUGGAAUUUUACUAUUUGUGGAAAAAAACACCAGGUGCUAAUAACAACCGACCGCAUCGGCGUAACCGCAGGCAGGGUUCUCUUCGGCGAAUUCGAAACACAAGAAAUGCUAGAGGGCAACCAAAGGAAACAGAUGCUAGCUCUCCUGCAACCGUCGGUGCAUCAAGGCCAUCACCACAAACUCCAAAGGAAAAUGGUGAAGCUAGUUCUGCAACUGAUGAAGAGAACACAGAAGAAGAUUCUGACUCGAGAGACAAUGCAGCGUACCGUUGUCAACACUGUUUCUCCACAAAUUCUCGAGAUUGGCAACAAGGUGGAAAGGAUCGGAUAUUACUCUGUUCAGAGUGUCGAUCAUACAACAAAAAAUAUGGUGAACUACCUCCUGUUAGCAAUGUGGCUCAACCUGCAAAUCAGGGGAGUGGUAGAGGAGAAACACCGUAUCUGUUCAGACCUGUGCAGUCAGAAGGGCUAGAUGAUUCUCCUGGUAGAAUGAGGACACGAACUAGAGCUAAGGAACAGAAUGUAAGGGGCCGUCCAAAGCGUAGCAGUGGAACACACACUCCAGAAAGUGAGAUGGAUAAGAAGUCAUGUAAAUCUCCAAUAAGCAAUGUGCCAUCUCCUUGCGAAAAAAACAAGAAGAAGUCAAAACCAGAAACUCCAACAAAAGGGAAAAAACGAUCAACGAUAGAGGUUGAGAAUGAAGAAGAGAAGGAAGUUUCACUAUUCAAGCGCAAAAGAAAUGAUAGGGCAGAUAGUCCUGCAGAGAGCUUGACAACAGAUAGUGGAUCACUAGUAGAUGAUGGAGAAAACAAUGAACAAGAAAGUGAAGCUGCAGAAGCCAUUACAGGAAGUGUUACAAUUAUGUCCACUGGAAAUGUAAAAGGAAUAACAGACGUAAUACGUCCUCUGUCAGGUGCACACAGCCCGAAAGUAUCAGAGUCUCCAUCAUUGAGCACAAGCUCAGAUAAAAUAGACUGCUCAGUAGUAACUAAUAUUGCAGCUAAUCCUGGACAUUGUUCACCAGGACAGGUGGCAGGCUCUGUUGUCAUUGUUAACAAUGCUAAUGCAAGCAGUAAUAAACCUCUAAUAAAUGAAGCUGGGUUGACAGCUCACAAUAACUUGCCAAACGUGAGUUCAAAUUCAGUGUCAUGCAUAUCGGUAGUAGGUUUGAAGGUGCCAGUUCCAAAUUUAAGUGCACUUGAUGAUACUAGAAGCAACAAGUCAGCCUCCCAAGAAGAAAUUCAUGGUAUUGUAUGUGAUAUGAAACAUAGUGUUGUUAAGGAAAAUACAAAGGCAAGUCAUCGGAUACCUUACAGUGCUCUUGACGAUGAAAGCACAUCAAGCACUGAAAAAAGUUUGUCAGAUAGUAAAUUACAUAAGUUAAUGGAUGAAGAGCCACCACGAUUGGUCAUAAAACGAGAAUUUCAGCAGGACGCACUUGAUAGAAGGGAGCGAGAAAAGGAAGCAGUCAAGAUGAAUGAUGAAGUUCUGAAUAUGUCUGCAAUGAUGAAAGUUGUAAUUAAAGAAGAAUCUGAAAAUAGUAGUGAUGCAGUGUCAAAUAUGCAGAUGAAUUUGUCCAAUAUGGGUGUCAUUGUAAAAGAGGAACUAGAAACCUCACGUUCUCCAAAUCCAUCGCAGAUGCUUGGAAAUUCUCCGUUGGUAGGAGUUGACCUGAAUAAUCAAAUUGGACCUCUGGUUGGGAGCAGUAGUGUGCCAUCACACUUGCCACUAUCAAGAUGUAUUAAAAUCGAACCAGCAUUUCUGAGAGAGGAUCGACAAACUCAUGCAUUGGAACUGUCAACCAAUGUUCAGUCAUCACCUGCUCGAGAUCCUCUGUCUCCCAUACUUUCGUCAAAUAUUGUGCAGGCACCUCAAGUAACGUCUGGUAGCUCAGGCAGUAUAUCACACUGUUCUGAUUCACCUCUUUUAAAAAUAGUUGGACAUCAUCAUCAUCUGUCUUCUAACACUGCAGUAAUUAGGCAGACAUCUGAAGUGCAAGUUUCAGGUGGUUCAGACAGACCAGUUAGUUUCAGUGAUGAAAACCGAGAUGCAAAGCUGCAGUCUUCAGGACAGAUUCCUGGUCAGCAGCCGACAGUACUGCAACAUCCUUCCCAGGUGCUGCAACUCCAACAACAAAGUCAAACCAGUAUAUCUCAGCAAAACUGCAAUUAUAUGUCAAACUCGUCAUACCACCAACAACAGCAACAGCUCCAGCUUCAUCACCACCACCACAGUCAUCACCACAGAUCGGCUAAUCUGCCACCAGAGAAAUCUGCAGUGGGCUUGUUGCACAUAGUUCCACCCUGCACAAAUGGGGGAUCAAGCAAUCCACAACAGAAUGAACCACAAAACUUAAAAAUUAAACAAGAAGUUAUAACACCAUCUGAUCGUAUGUUGUCAGAUCCUCUGCAGUCUCUGAAAGAAGUUAAGGUUCCCAGCCUUACUGGUUCCGCAUUGUCUUCCUCACAGUCACUCUCUAGUGGUAGUAAUGGUGCAAACACCUGCUCAGAUACACAGAGACUACCUUCGCCGAGUGGGCCAGCACCUCCAUUUCUGGGACCCUCAAUUGAGAAUAUUAAGAGAGAACCAGAGAGCUAUCCGAGCUCUGUUGUUGUAGGGCCUCACAGCCUUAGCAGUGUGAUGCCUAAGACGCCACCCCCAAAAAUUCAUUUGGCAGGAAAUGUGCAGCAGUCAUUAUCAAAUCAACAAGGGGGAGGAACACCACACGGAUCAGUAACACAGCAACCUGGGGUGACCAGUAGCCCUCGGACAACUCCAUGUACACCUCCUCUGGCCUUACCCAGAGCAACAUCGCGAACGCCUCCGGGUUCACAGCCUCCUUCACAACCGUCACCGAGACUCACACCGACAUCAAGUCUGGCUGCUCAGAGUGGACGGCAGCUUUCACCUUUAAGCAGCUCCUCACCUGGACACCCACAUCCUACUCCACAUCCCCAUCCUUCGCCCUUUGCUGCACCUCCUGGACUUCACCAUCAUCCACAUUCACUUAUGCAUCACCAUCCACUGUUUGCUGCACAAGUUGCAGCACAAGCUGCAGCUGCACAUCACAGCACUUACCAUCAUCCUCAUCCAUAUGCAGCUUAUGGUUAUCCACUUCCUUAUCCAUAUGGGCCACCUCUUCCUCAGCCACCACCUCAUCACCCUACCCCACCAUCUUUACAUCGUUCUUCUCAUGAAAGUACAAAAGUUGAAGUAAGGAAUAGUGAAACACAUUCUGUGCAUCAUUCUACACAUGCUACUAGCAUAACACGACAGGAAACUGCUACCACACCUGUGGAUGAAGCGGAGGAACGUCAUCACUCUCAAGAACAAUCUUCCUCUCACCACCACCAUUCUUCCCACCAUUCCUCCCACCAUUCCUCCCACCACUCCUCACAUCAUUCAUCACAUCAACAGUUGUCUUCAGAAAAAUCAACUAGUCAUCAAAGUAUCCAAAGUGGCAGUCAUUCUGUUGCAAUCUCUCAUUCAGCAACUUCCUCUAGUACUGCCUCUGUUCACAGAAUCAGUGUUAGUAGCAAGCAGAGUUCUUCUGGAACAUCUAGUCCAACAUGUCACAUAUCAGCAACUCUUUCAUCAUCCGUAUCCUCCUCUACAUCAAUAUCGCAUCCUUCCUCCAAUCAGAACAACCAUUACCAUUCACAUCAUCAUUCACAUAGUCAUCAUCAGCAUCACCACCAGACAAGUUCCAGUGAUAGAUCUUCUCCGGUUGGAUCUGCUACUGUUCCAUCUGUAAUGAACGUUCCUCUUCCGUUGAGCCAAACUGGUCCAGCAACAGGGAGGAGUUCAAGUCACCAACAUCAUCAGAACCCUCACCAUUCAAAAUCAAGUUCUGGAACCUCCUCUCAUCAUCAUACUGGGCAGCCUGGACUAGUAGUUCAACCUAUACUACCACCAUCUCUUGCUCAUCACCAUGUUGCACUGGGAGGAGUUCCACCAACUGCUGGCCCUACAUCUUCCUUGGAAGCACUGAGAGCUCAUGCCCAGGCUGCAGCCAGUAUGCAACAACAGUCACAACCGGUUCAGCAGGGAUCUCUAACGUUUGGCAUGAUUCGCCCUUCAUCUCAUUCCCCAUUGCAACAAACGGGAUCACACCAUCACACCCCUCGACAUAUUGUAGGUUUACCAGAUGAUUUGAAAUCUGAAACAUUGAGCGACAUGGAUGCUCAGAUUACGGCAUCACAGCAGCCAGAAGAGGAUGAGAUUCCGAGCCCAAAUCAUGUUCCAAGAGGCCCAAGCCCAGAACCAAAGAUAGAAGAUACAGAAUGUCAUCGUAGCCAGAGUGCCAUUUUUCUGCGGCACUGGAACAGAGGCGAUUUCAAUUCCUGUGCAAGAACCGAUCUCACAUUUAAGCCAGUUCCUGAUUCUAAAUUAGCUCGUAAAAGAGAAGAGCGUCUUCGAAAACAAGCUGAAAGAGAAAGAGAAGAAAGAGAAAAGGCUGCAUUGCAAGCACAAACGAGGAAAAUCACAACACCAGAAAAAUCUGAGGGUCCAAAGCCUCCAUCCCGUGGUCCCAUGGAGACUAUAACCUCUCCAUAUGAGCGUUUUACACCGAGACAAGGUUAUCCUGACACACCAGCAUUAAGACAGCUAAGUGAAUAUGCCAGGCCUCAUGCAGGCUUUUCACCUGGGACAUUGCCACGAUCGUCAGGAUUGUCAUUGCCGCCUCAGUGUAUUGAUCCAAUGCUUCAUUAUCAACUAAACAGCAUGUAUGCACCUGGAACUCGUGAAAGGUUGGAGAUAGAACACUUUGAGAGAGAGAAAAGGGAGAGGGAGUUAGAACAAUUUGAGAGAGAAAAAAGAGAGAGAGAGAUACGUGAGCUUCGGGAACGGGAGUUGACUGACCGCUUGAAAGAUGAGAUGAUGAAGGCAGCUGGUCCCGGACCACGACCGAUUGAACCUCACUGGGCUGAUUUGCACAGAAGAUAUGUUGGAUUUGCACCCACUGAUCGGCCUCAGGGAGCUCUGCAUCAGUUUGGGCUGUACCCAUCAGCACCAGCGGCAGGGCAGACAGCUUUAGGACAGCUGGAGCGUGAGCGCCUGGAGCGUCUAGGAAUACCUGCUGGUGGUCAUGGACCGGCGGCAGGUCCUCACACUCAUCCUCAUCCUAGCUCUUUAGCAGCAGCCCAACUGGAAGCUGCUGAACGGUUGGCGUUGGCCACUGAUCCUAUGGUGCGCCUACAAAUGGCUGGUAUUUCAGCAGAGUAUCAUGCUCACACCCACGCACAUACUCAUGCUCAUUCCCACACACAUUUGCAUCUUCACCCAAGCCAGCAAGCUCAGCAAGCACAGGCACAGCAAGAAGUUGCGACAGCAGGAACAGCUGCUUUCCCAUUACCAGCAUCAGCGUCGGGAUAUCCACGACCAGCUCUGUUACCUCCAAGAGAGGCAGCACUUGGAUUACAUCACCCUUCAGAUUUAUUGACACGUGGCCCAGGUUAUGCUGAUCAAUUGGCUCAUCAGUUAUCAGCUCAAGCUGCCCAUGAGCAGUUGCAACGCCAGAUGUUGUUAGAUAGGGACAGAUUCUCUCAUACUCAUCCAUCACUUGUUGCACCAGAGGAGUUCUUAAGGCAACAGAGGGAACGAGAAAUGAAGGUGAGAGCCUUGGAAGAGGCUGCUCGUGGAUCACGACCAUAUCCAGCAUCCAGGAACAAUUUGGUGCUCUACCUCUAAGGACUUCAGUGAUGACAGGAAAUUAAGGUGCAGAUAUGAACUACUUUGUAGUUGCAUGUAUAGUGACUGUACAGAGUGGUGCAGGUAUGCACUUCUUUAAAGUUGCAUAUAUAAAAACUGUACAAAGAGAAUAAAAAAGGUAACAAGAAUUGCGCAUACCUCAGUUAUGUGACAGAAAAUAGUACUAUUUUAUGUGUUGUUGAAUCUAAACAGAUAUUGUUUUAAGAUCUUGUAUGUAUAUAUUUGUAGUAAAUUUAUUGUGGCUUGAUUCAUAUGCUAUAGGAGCACAUAAAAUAGCUCACAUUUAUUAUUUUACAGAGUUCAGCGUUUAGCUGAAUUGUCAUUCCAGCAUGGUUAUAUUUCACAACCAUGUUUGUAGCAUUGGUUACCACCAGAUAGUACCUUAUUUGGAAUACACUGAUUUAUAAAACAUAAAUUUUACAGAUUUAUGAUAUAUAUUAUUAUUUCUCUUUUUUACAUUUUAAAAUUGUGAAUAAUUUUUAAAAUCUAGUUUUUUUUUCUAUUUAAGUGACAUUAUCAUUUUAGAUACAGUUUUUGAAAAACUGAAGUUCUAAGACUGGGAAAUUACAUUGUGUUUUCUAAGACGAGAGUAAAAUACUUAGUAUUUUGCAUAAAAGCCGCAUGUCGGUGCUUUUGUUGCCCUGUUAAUUUGUGUUUUUUUCACAGUGUGUUGAUUAUAAGGUAAAGGAUAUGAAAAAGAACAAGAAAACAAAUUAUUUAUGUGUACAUUUACCACGAGUGAGUGUAAUUCAACAGAAAAUUGUCCACGAAGAGACAUCGCCUGCUACUUUUCAGUAGUUGAUUAGCUGCGUAUAAUUUAGUCCAGGGUAAAAUAAAGUAUGAUGACUACUUUAUAUACCAUUGAUGUUUUGUACCUUUGUAGGCUUACCUUGUUUCAAUUUGAAGUAUUUUGCUUGCCAUUUUGUUGACUGCUUCUGUCGUGAAUAUGGUACAGAGUGCACAAUUUUUAUUUUACAUUUCCAUGGAAGUUCAUUUGCAGAUGUGACAUAGAGCCCUGCCUUAUUUAUGCUUUGUGUAUACAUUUUAAAGCUAGUGAAUGUAAGUAAAUAUUCAUCUUCGAUUGUAAGCCCAUACCUACAUAUGUUGCCUAACUUUUGAGCUUAAAAAAGAAAUUAUUGCAGGCGAAUGGAAAUAACUCAGUUAUUUGUUCUGGGAUAAAAUUGAGUCAUUGGCAAGUACCAACAUUUCUUUACUAAUUUAUGGUGAGCAUGGUUUUUCAAUACUAUGGUACAAAACCAGUCUGUUCAUGGUCAUAAAUGCCUCUUUCAAGAGCCAUAAAAGUCUUUUUCAAGAGCACCACAUUUACUGUCCUGUAAAGUACCUCAAUACUAUGGUACUAUGGUACAAAACCAGUCUGUUCAUGGUCAUAAAUGCCUCUUUCAAGAGCCAUAAAAGUCUUUUUCAAGAGCACCACAUUUACUGUCCUGUAAAGUACCUCCUUCAUACGAAGUUGCUCUCUUGUGUGUUUUCUUAAAAAAAAAAAAAAAAAAAAAUGUUGUCUAAAAAAAAGUGCAAUGAAAUUAACUAAGUUUUUAGUUGCCCUGUAACACUACUCAUUUACCUCUGUCUUUGUUAGUGUUGUGUACCAGUCCAUAGAUGCGUAUAUAACAAGUAUCCAUGCAGAAGUCAUGAGAGUACAUGCACUGUCAAUAGAUAAUAACAGUAGUUACUUGCAUGUACCAAAGAAUAAAUUUUAAGUAUAUUAGUCAUAUUUUCUUUCCAUCCCUGAAUUGUAUAUUGUGUUUAAGUGGAACUGUGUUUCAGCAGUAAAAUACGAGGAAAAAAACAGUCUACGUGUCUGUACAAAUUUCAGAUUGUGUUGUUACUGUUACUAUUAUUUCAUGUCUGGUUUUUUUUAGUAUUGUCUCAUUGUUUAUAUAAAGAACACUUUUCCCCUUACCAUCUGUUUCUAACAUUACUGUAAUUAGUCCAAAAAAGUCACAAAAACUAGCAUAAAAGGCAGUGGUUCUUUGACAGUAAUCAUUUCACUACAAUUAAAUAUGAACAUACCUGAGGCAAUAUGUUUGUAAAAUAAAUUACGGUGGUGUGCCUUUUCAACCAUAGCGUUCUGUCUCAGAUAAUGUUGGAAUACAAACACUGAGAGUUGACUAAAUAUAUGAGUCCACUUUCUGUGUAAUCUUAAUGUGUGUUUUAUAUAUAACAGUUGUACCAUUUGUCAUCCAUUUAUAACAAUUGUAACAUUUAUUAUCCAUUGAGACAACAAAACAAAUCAAACUACCAACCACUAAAAUAGUUUUUGUGUUUAUGUCCACAUCCAAUUACAUUUCAAUAUCCUUGGAAUCAGUCUAUAUGUAAUAACACCUGGCUGUUUUGUUACAGUUUUGUAUUUACUGGCCAUUGGCCUAAGAACUGUAUUUACUUGCUUUAUAAAAUAACAUUUUUGCAAAAUGUGAAAUUCGAGGCUUAAAAUGCUGGAAUAAAGAAUAUGACCUAA